AUGUCAUCGAUAAUAAGACAUGUCCCACUGACAACGCGGGCUCCGCUAGCGACGCACCUUUACGUGUGCAGACGGACCUUGAGCACACCUGCCCCCAUGGUCAAUGUCAGUGACCUAUCUAUAGAGCGGUAUCACGCACUUUCCGACGCGACCAUGACAACUUUACUCGAACGGCUCGAGGAUUUGCUGGACACAGUAGGGAAUGACGCGUAUGAAGUAGACUAUCAUAGCGGCGUCCUGACGCUCAACUUAGGCACCCAUGGGACAUACGUGAUCAAUAAGCAACCGCCGAACAAGCAAAUAUGGCUCUCUUCCCCACUCAGUGGCCCCAAGCGCUAUGAUUACGUACUGGAAUCAGACGACUGGCAAUAUGCACGAGAUGGAAUAGGACUUGGCGAACUGCUUGAUGGGGAGAUAACGGAUAUGCUCCAGACGAAAGUCUCCCUGCAUCUAGUGGGUGUGUCUGCGCAGAUACAGGAGUAG